CGAUUCCAUAAUAACCACCACAAUUAGACCGACAACGGCCCUCCAUCGUCAUCCAAUGGUGCAGCAGCUUCCAUUAGUGUUGGAAUGGAAGGCAUAUCGGAUUUCAUGAAGCUCAAGGCUGCCACUAACAACUUCAACACCGAUUUCAUUGUCUCUAAGAGCGGCAAGAAGGCUUCAAAUGUUGUGUACAAAGGCUGGCUCCAAAAUAGUAAUAAUCGUGGUUGGAUUGCCAUCAAUAAGUUUUCCAAAUUGGCAUGGCCAGAUCCAAAGCAGUUCGUUGAUGAAGCUUAGGGCAUCGAGAAGCUAAGACACAAGAGGCUAGCGAAUUUGAUUGGGUAUUGCUAUGAAAGAGGAAGAUCAUGGAAAGAUUAGUGAAGAUUAAAAGGGGGAUGAAAUAAAACCUUAAAUCCCUA